AUGAGAGGUGAAAACCUUGAACCCGGGCAGAGGGCUUUCGGUUCCCAAGAAGUCACAUCCCAGCAACAAGUGGACAACGAUGUCGGUGACUUGACUUCUUCGCGGACGAUGUGGGCAGUGUGGGCCUUGUGGGCAGGCCUUUGGGCAGCGGCUGCGGCCACUCCGCAACCGCUUCACCUCGAAAGAGACUCUAUGAGGCGGCAAGUACCACUUCCUGUUACCGUAUGGCAAAAGAGGCACCAGGCGGCUGCUGUACAAGCUGCGGCUGUCGCGCCCGACGAGCUGAGGGAUUUCCAACACCAUUUGGACGCGGUUAAUUCGCAAAUGAUGCUGAGGUCACCCAGGGGGGAACGACAGUAUGAUGUACCACAAAUUGUUGAGAUAUCGAUGAAUAUACAUAGCUAG